AUGGCAUUGUUCCAGGGAAACGAAGCUCUGUUUGAAGCCGUGGAGCAUCAGGAGCUGGACGUCGUGGAGUCUCUGUUGAACACCUUCAGUCUGGAGGAGCUGGACUUAAACACCCCCAACAGUGAAGGACUGCUGCCGCUCGACAUCGCCAUCAUGACCAACAACGUCCCCAUGGCCAAACUUCUGCUGAGAGCCGGGGCCAAAGAGAGUCCCCACUUUCUAAGUCUUGAAGGCAGAGCCGCUCACCUGGCCUCCCUGGUGCUAGAGGCGGAGCAUCGCAUAGCAGAGCUGGUUGCCCAGGUGACGGGGGAGGAGCCUAGGGAGGGGGAGGGGUCAAACAUAGAGAGACAGCUGAAAACCUGGGAAUGGAAGCUCCGCCUCUACGUGCGCAUGCAGACGGGAUACACACACGCCAGUCCUCCUGAGCCUCCCGGUGUCGUUCAUCUGUCCGUCAGCAGUAGCACCAGUCUCAGAGUUUACUUCCAAGAGCCUCUUUGUCACAAUUCUGCUGUUAUUACCAAAUACCGCGUGAGCUGGAGCAGCGUUCCUUCAUUUACUCCAUUACUGAGUGAGACGGUCAUUGAAGACGUGACUCAGCUCCAGUAUGACAUCACUGGACUUCCAGCGGGCACAUGCUGCUAUGUCCAAGUAUCAGCAUAUAAUAUGAAGGGAUGGAGUUCACCUCAGAUAGCUGAACCUGCUUGUGCUACACCUUCAAGCUGGAGGGAGGUGGACGGUCUUCCCCCCCGCCAGCAGGGUCUGAAAGAGGCGUUGGAGCAGCUCCUGGUGCAAAUUAAAGGGGCACACCGUCACUGCGCCUGCCACGAACAAUGCAAAGCCUCGUCAAACACCAGGAAACAUUCUGUGUCUAAAAGUCUGAGGCAUCUCUUCCAGGCCACCAGCAAAUUUGUUAAAAAUCUGAAAAGAGGUCUUUAUCUGGCCUGUAUAUUUUAUAAAGAUGAAAACGUUCUGGUGACUCCAGAGGAUCAGCUGCCCGUCGUUGAGGUGGACGACUCGUACAGCUGUCACGCGCAGGAUUUACUCUGGUUUACAAAGGUGUCACAUCUGUGGGAGGAGCUCACCUGGAUGCAGCAGUGCAUCAGUCCUGCACACGCCUCCAGUUCCUGCACGCUGCAGACGCGCCUCAAACUGCUGCAGGCAGCUGCACAGCUACAGGCUCUCCUUGGCACGGUGGAUCUCGGGCAGGUGUAUUUUGAGCCCAUCAAGGAUAAGCAUGGUAACGCAGUGUUGGUGCUGAUGAAGGACACGAGCGCAUGCGCACCGCUGGAAGGCUUACGCUGGAUUCCCGUCAGUAAAUUCCAGCUGCAGCGCAGGUCUUCCUCUUCCUCAUCAGACGAGCCCAGCGCACUGGAGACGCUUCUCACCACACUGCAUGAGAAGCUGGCGUAUCACCGGCGCAGCAGGAAGUGUCUGUCUCCGGGCCUGUAUCUGGGAUAUCUGAAGCUGUACACCUCGGUGGACCAGAUCAGGAUGCUCGUGUCACACAAACACCCAAACGUGCUGUGCCACGUCAAAAUACGAGACAAUGGCCACGUCUCCAGGGAAGAAUGGCAGUGGCUUCAGUCGCUGAGUUCGCUGCAGGACAGCGCGAAGGUGUGUGACGAUGUCCAGAGCGCUCCACAUCGCCUCCUACUGGACUUACGGACCGCUGCUAAAGAUUUACUCGCCUACAUCAACAUUCCCAACCGCCAGGCACAGGAUUUCCGUGUGUAUGUGAAGGAGGUGGUUGAGUUGGGAGGAGGCGUGUCUUUCCUGUUGCUCCUCCCACCGUGUGAGGAGGUGUGUUCACCGCCUGGACAGAACCAUCUCUGCUCGCCGCGCUCAGGAUUCUUCACCCUGCCGCUGCAGAUCUUUGAGUUAGUUCAUUUCGAGGCCUACUGCCCCAGUUUCAUCGGCCUGUACUGCCGCGUGUCGGCCCUGCUGGCUCUGGAGUCCCUGAUGUCCCAGCAGACUUUGCGCGAGGCGUUCUCUGAGUCCGAGCACUUCGCUGCCAAGCAGAAACAUCAGCAGGUUGAGGAGUAUUUGCAGCAUCUGGAGGAGCUGUGGCGUGAUGCGCGGUGGAUGGUGGUCCUCCAGUCGGCCCGGUAUAAGCAUCAGAGCUCUGGAGUGAGUCUGGACUGGAUUAUAGACUUCUCCAAAGAGAGUAUUCCAGAAAAAACAGCUUCCACUUCCUCUCAGGGGGACUACCUGCCCUCACCGACCCCGUCACCAGAGAGCACACGUAAACACAACGAUUCCCACGGUCUGUCGGAUGAGGAUAACUCAUCGGAGGUGUUCCUCACCACUGAUAGCGAGUACAGCUCCAGUGUGGCCCAGAGCACCAGAGAACUGGACCUGCUUCCACCGUCUCCUACCAGCUUCAGAUCCUUAACGUCCACACACCCUUCCUCCUCCUCGCAGUCCUCGCCUUGCUCCUCUCAGCCGGACGUGCUGCAGACUGGAGGAGGGAUGAGUAGACGCGAGCACAUGAGUGCGUUCGAUAGCGACUUCAUCCUCCCAAGCCGUCAGAUCGAGCUGUUGCGGGUCACGGAGAAGAGAACGGCGCUGUGCAUCCGCACCUGCAGUCUGGAGUACCUGCCUCCCGUCUCCAUGCCAUCCACACCCACCAGUUCCUCCAAUCGGAAGCACUGGGCAUGCCCCUCCUCCUUCGACCUGUGCUUCCCCGCCCCCGAGUCCCGCCCCAUUCCUGUGCGCACCCUAUCAGAGGACAGCGGCGUCCAGCGACUCUCCACCCACUCUGCCGGUUCCCCUCACCAGCUGUGCCACAGCACACUGAGAGUUUACCCACAAUACCGCACCGGGUUACCCAAAGACACCAGUGUCAAAUUACGCGUGACUCCAGAGACGUCGGCCAAAGAGAUGGUUCGUCUGGUGGUCCAGGAGAUCAACGCCGUGUGCCAUCACCUGCAGAAAGCCACGCAGCAGUGCACCUGUGCGGCAGAUCAGUGCAGAUACCCGUCCUGUGCGUCUGAGGUGUGUGUGUGUGACAGCGAGCAGCUCGAGCACUUCGGCUUGGUUCUGCUGGUGGAGGGUGGAGAGAAAUGGCUACAGGAUGAUUUCUGCCCACUCGCGCUACAAAACCCAUGGACUCGCGGCAAACUCUGCGUCCGCUUCAAAGAGUAUUCACCGCUCGCGGUGCAGCACAGCAGAGCCACGACUGUUUGAUCACGCAAACCUGUAAAUACACACACUCACACACUGGCUGAAGUGCAUUGCACUGAUAGACUGCUUUGGAGUUUUUUUCCUACAUGUUUGGUUAGAUUUUGAAUUACUUCAUGAGGUCUUAAGGUUCGUGAUUAGCUAAGCGGGUUCACCAGGACUGAUCUGAGUUUUAUUCACGCUAACCUUAUGAAAAAAUCAGUGUUGAUCAAUCACUAAUAAGAGUUAAAGUCAACAUGAAAUCAAAAUUGAUGUAUAGUGAAUAGUUCAUCAGCGUACAUUAUUUUCAUAAUCCACCCACUGCUUUAUA